AGGGGGAAUAUUUCACGCAUGCGUAGUAGACACAAUUCUGCAGCUGACCCCUCAGUUCUUGAAAUACAGUACAAUGUAAAAACAAACGCCAUAGGAACCUUUCUCAAAGCGCUCAUAAUAGCUAAUGCAAGUGGUGAGGUUGUCAUGCAAGCGUCGGCCAAGAGUACAAGAGAGAGCAGCAGCUCUGAAGAUGACGGGCUCUGUCCCUAUGAGAGAAAACGUCUGGAGAAUAUAAAGAGAAAUAAUGAAAUGCUCAAACAACUUGGUUUUACUGUCAAACCUGCUAAACCAGCUCAAAAGCGGCGUACGAAAAAGAAGGAAAUAAACUACAUACCUAGCUGCUCUAGUAGCUCUGAUUCUGAGGAGGAAUGGAGCCCUGAGAAGGAGGCACUAGCUAUGAGGCCGAAGCGUCGAGGUGCUGCCGUUUAUACUAAACUGCCAUUCGGGAACAAAGAGAAAGUUCAAAUUAUGCAGACCAUCAGUACACAAGUGGAAAAGCGAUUUGAUAAAGUUCUCAAUCCAAACAAGAAGCCCAAAUACAAGCCAAAGCCAUCGAAAAUCCCUCGUCCCAAACCAGUUCAACCUAAACCACUACCGAGCUAUUUCGAUAGUGACUCCUCUGAAGGUGAAUUUCUCGGGUUUGAAGCUGCCAAGGUGAUACAGGAGAUACCAGAGUUUGGACGCAAAGAGUUAGAGUUAAGAGCAAGGAUGGAGAAGUUGUUGGCUGAUAGUGAGAAUGAGGAGGAGUUUAUUGGCUUCACACAAGAAGAUAUAGGUGCUACCCUUAUACCUGCUCAAUUCUCCACCAUGCGCUCCUAUCCCAAGAGACACAAGACACGCAAACAUUAUGAGGAGGAUGUCAUAUCUGAUGAGGACGAAUAUGUCUUUUGUGAGGAUUGCAAUGAAGUCUACCAUGGUGACUGCCCUGUUCAUGGACCCUUGGGGAAAUUAGACGUAUCCGCUGGCCAAGACCAGGACUCAGUUAUGUUCACCACCGUCCCUGUACCAUCCGAAGCAACUAUCAAGAUGUCAGCAAUCCCUGAAGCUGGUCUUGGGGUGUUUGCCAAGAAACUUAUUCCUCGCCAUACCAGAGUAGGUCCGUAUGAGGGGAAAAGAUUGUCAGUGGAAGAUAUGGACAUGGUUGAUGACACAAGCUAUAUCUGGGAGAUUCGCAAGGAUAAGCAAAAGGCCUAUUAUAUUGACGGGAGAAACGCUGAUGAUUCCAAUUGGCUCAGAUUUGUAAAUUGUGCAAGAUGUGAAGAUGAGCAAAACAUGGUUGCUUAUCAGCAUUGUGGAGAGAUCUAUUAUCGUACCUUCAAAGACGUUCAGCCUGGACAAGAACUGCUCGUAUGGUAUGGAGAAGAAUACGCUGAAGACCUGGGAAUUGGAUUGCUGCCUCUGAAGAAUAAGGUAUCUACAUCCAAGUUCAAUAGAUUAUCUUCAACACUGGAAAGAUCUACACCAACAAACUCUGCUACUAAGAAGCCCGGUCAUGAUACGAAGAACAAACAUUGUUGUACCUACUGCUCCUACCAAACUGCUAUUAGUGGGAAUCUUAAACUCCACAUUCAAACACACACUGGAGAGAAACCCUACAACUGUCAUGUAUGUGGGCGGGGAUUCAGUACGAAGCAAAACCUGGGUAUCCAUUUACGAACACACACUGGAGAGAAACCCUACAACUGUCAUGUAUGUGGGCGGGGAUUCAGUACGAAGCAAAACCUGGGUAUCCAUUUACGAACACACACUGGAGAGAAACCCUACAACUGCCAUGUAUGUGGGCGGGGAUUCAGUCAGAAACCAACCCUGGAUAGCCAUUUACUAAUACACACUGGAGAAUGGCCCUUUGUUUGUGAGGUUUGUGGACAAGGAUUCAGUCAGAAGCAACACCUGGAUAUACAUUUACGCACACACACUGGAGAGAAACCCUACAACUGCCAUGUAUGUGGGCGGGGAUUCAGUCAGAAACCAACCCUGGAUAGCCAUUUACUAAUACACACUGGAGAAUGGCCCUUUGUUUGUGAGGUUUGUGGACAAGGAUUCAGUCAGAAGCAACACCUGGAUAUACAUUUACGCACACACACUGGAGAGAAACCCUACAACUGUCAUGUAUGUGGGCAGGGAUUCAGUCGGAAGCAACACCUGGAUAUACAUUUACGCACACACACUGGAGAGAAACCCUACAACUGUCAUGUGUGUGGGCGGGGAUUCAGUCGGAAGCAACACCUGGAUAUACAUUUACGCACACACACUGGAGAGAAACCCUACAACUGCCAUGUAUGUGGGCGAGGAUUCAGUGUGAAGUCAAACCUGGAUGGACAUUUACGCACACACACCGUGGAGAAACCCUAUGUCUGUGAGGUGUGUGGACAGAGAUUCAGUAGCAACUCAAACAUGAACAAACACAUCAGAACCCUGCACUCAGCAUAGCUAGCUCUAUAGUUGUCAUAUUUUUGUCCAUUCAAUGUUCUCCAUGCAUUAUUAUUGUAAACUG